AUGCCAGAGCUGGAGGACUUCCCUCCGUCACGGGGUGGCCAGCUGGCCGGUCCCGACCCUGCUCAGAUCCAGCGCAGUGUUCUGGAUGAACAGGUGGAGCUGUGGUGGUUCCGGGACCCAGCCAAGUCUCUGCUGUGCUACUGUGUGGCGGUCCUCCUCAUCCUGGGCUGCGGCCUGGGUGGCGUGCUCCUCCUCUCCACCACCACCAGUUUCUCCAGUGACUGGCGCAUGGGAGCGGGCAUGGCCCUGUGUCUCUUAGCCCUGGCCGUCCUCCUCAAACAGCUCAUGAGCUCGGCCGUGCAGGACAUGAACUGUGUGCGGAGUCGCAGGCGGAUCGAUAUCCUUAAGAGCGGAGGGCUGUCGGAUCUGUUAGUGGUGCUUAUUACGGGGCUGUGUCUGGUGGUCUGUGGGGCUGUGCUGCUGAAGCUGGCUUUGGAGCACCACAUGCCCCAGCCGGGCGUGGCCCUGAACGAUAUGUACAUUUCUGGGGUGGUGUUGUUAGCUGGAGGGGGGGCAGCGGUAGUGGGGGUAGGGGUGUACACAGGGGUGGUGAUGCUGCUGGAGAGGACCAGGCCGGGCCAGAGGUUUAGGGACAGGGCUGUGGGGCUGUUCACUAUCUCUGGACGACACAUGGACCAGGCUAGGAGGGAGACCACCUCUAGCCUGGCUAACCUCAUCUGA